UUUGUUGUGCUAGGCUCUUGAUUCAAAUAGCUGGAAAACUCAGCUGGUUGACCAAGUGUUUUUGCCAAUGUACCUAUUUACUAUGCAUUUCAAAGUAGUGUCUUGAUACUGUGGAAGGGGUAAAUCGGUCCAGGGAUUAAUAAGUUGAGGCUCGGUUGCACCAAAUUCGGUUAUAUUUUAAUCGUGAUUAAUUACAUGAGAACCAAUCAAAAAAGGUUUCUCUGAUUGGUUUUCGUGAAAUUAUUCACGAUUAAAAUUUAACCGGAUUUAGUGAAACAGGCACUGAGGCUGUAAUUUUCUUUAUUAUUCUUCCAUGUGUUCUACUUGGACAUAAUAUUAUCAUGCUUGAGUUAGGUUAUCGUAAUUUGUUAUUGUUUACAACAUCUUUACAACAAAAGUGAAGUCCAAUACAAAACAUUUCUUGAGACAUCUCUGAAAAAGUUUCUUGCAAAAAAGAUUUACACCGUUUGAAAUCUAUAAAAUUAUAAAAUGUCGUCACACCAGACUGAAAAGCGAUUUUUUCGCAAAACAAAUCCGUCAAAUAUGUCGCUAAUAGGUGUCCGCUUGCCAAGUUUCCUUCGACGAGCAAAUACUUAUGGACCUGAAAUAAAAUUCAACCUAUCAGGAAAGAAAGACCCGGAGUUGGCCCUAGAGCCUUAUGAAGAACUUGAUAAGUAUGACUUUACUAUUCCAGAAGAAAUGGAAUGGUCAGUUGGAGAUGUGGUGAAUUGGAUAGAGCAUGUUGUCGGAUUACCUCAAUACAAGGAAGCGUUCUUCAAUAACUGCAUAGAUGGUAGAAAACUGGUACGGUUGAAACCAGGAAAUUUUCCCAAGAUGAAUAUUAAAAAUUUUGAGCACAUCAAGCAAAUACUCAGGUAUCAAAGGGAACUAUUCGAAGUGAGAGAAGAGCGUUACAAUGAUAGCAUAGCGUUCCCCAGUAGAAAAGUGGUGAGACGAAGGUAUCUCGAACUGAAAUCCAAAGUGAUUAAUUCACGUUUAACGCCUCAACAAUUUCUGAUGGACGAAAACUUGAUCCAUGAAUGCUGGGAUAGACAGACUGAGGAGAAAGACUAUCCUCUACUGCGAUAUGGACGGCUGGAUGUUCCUCUUGAUAAAUUGCGCUGUUACAUUCUAAACAUGGAUUUGAUAAAGCAAAGCGAGGAGUUGCCUGUUUUGUGAAUAAAUUGAAAUUGUUGAAAAUUAUGGAAGAAUAUGGCUCUGAAUUU